AUGGGUGUAAAAAUUUGUGUUAGCUUGGGAGCAUUAGAAACAGAGUUUGCUGCAGCUAACACACCACCAAGAGGAUGGAACUCAUAUGAUUCCUUCAGUUGGAUCAUCUCCGAAAAACAGUUCAUUCGAAACGCUAACCUCGUUGCUCGUCGCCUAAAGCAACAUGGAUACGAGUAUGUUGUGGUCGAUUUCUUGUGGUAUCGGAGGAAAGUGAAGGGAGCAAACACCAACUCGUUUGGAUUUGAUGUUAUCGACGAGUGGGGAAGAAUGGUGCCCGACCCUCAAAGGUGGCCUUCGUCUAACGGUGGAAAAGGGUUCGGUAAUGUAGCUCAAAAAGUUCAUAGUAUGGGCUUGAAAUUCGGUAUUCAUGUCAUGAGAGGUAUCAGUACACAAGCAUUCUACGCAAACACACCCAUCCUCGAUAUAACCACGGGCAAAGCUUAUGAAGAAAACGGGCGAAAAUGGUAUGCUAAAGACAUAGGACUAAAGGAGAGGAGCUGUGCGUGGAUGAAAAACGGUUUCAUGAGCGUAAACACGAAAUUGGGCGCUGGACGAGCGUUCUUGAGAUCACUCUAUCAUCAAUAUGCCGAAUGGGGAGUUGAUUUCGUUAAGCACGACUGUGUAUUUGGUAAGGAUAUGGAUCUUGACGAAAUAACCUAUGUUUCAAAGGUCUUAGAGGGUUUUAACCGAACAAUCUUAUAUUCGAUAUCUCCUGGAGAAAAAGCAAACCCAGCCAUGGCAAGGCAAGUAAGUGAGCUCGUCAACAUGUACAGAAUCACCGGAGAUGACUGGGACUCGUGGCCAGCUCUGAUCAGUCAUUUUAACAUCACUCGGGAUUUUGCUGCGGCUAAUAUGAUCGGAGGAAAAGGACUGCGUGGAAAGUCUUGGCCUGACUCAGAUAUGCUUCCGUUAGGAUGGCUUGGUAAAGAAGGUGCAAAUACUGGCCCUUACAGAAAAUCAAAUCUUACUUUAGGUGAACAGAGGAUUCAGGUUACGCUAUGGGCCAUUUCCAAGUCGCCUCUCAUGUUCGGAGGAGAUAUGAGAAGACUCGACAACUCGACAUACAGUUUAAUCGCCAAUCCUACUCUUUUGGAAAUAAACUCCCACAGCUCAAAUAAUAUGCAGUUCCGAUACAUUUCGAGUCCACAACUUAAUAACCAAACCGAACCGAAACUAACGGUGCCCCUUACAGUCGAUCUUACCGAUUGCGAAAGUGUUGCUGCCUUAAAUGGAUGGUUUGUGGUGCCGACUAACAGUGGUUUUGAACAAGUCUGCUGGAACAAAACUUCAAGUCACGGGAAAAAUGAGCAGUUUUGUCUGUACAAAACAAAACCGCGCCUUUUGAUAGAAGACGAAGUGAUCUAUAAACUAAACUAUAACGGGAAAGUCCAUUUAUUGAAGACACAUACGAAGGAAGUUUGUCUCGACGGUUCUCCAAAUCAGAAAGUUACUUCCACAGAAGCAAAAAUGGGUUCAUUUUCACCUUGUGGAUUGGAUGCUAACCAGAUGUGGGAGGUCACGCAUAACGGCACCUUGAAGAAUAGCUACUCUGGUUUAUGUGCAACUAUGAGGGCAGCACAAGCUUACGAAGGUCCCAAUUUGAUUCGUGCUUGGGUUGCCACCGGAAGAAAAGGAGAAAUCUAUGUAGCGAUUUUCAAUUCGAACCACAACGAAUCCGAGGUGUCGAUGAGGAUAAAGGACUUGGGUAUGGUGCUUUCUGAUAGAGAUUUUGAGGGUGCUUCAUGCAAAUGCAGAGAAGAAUGGAGUGGAAAAGAUUUUGGAGUAGUAAAAGACACACUUUCUAUAAAGUUGGAUAUCCAUGAUGUUGCUCUUUUUGUGCUUGACUGCACAUUUAACUGA